CAGAAUCACAGUCAACACACAAGAACCUACACCACCACACACAGCUCACAAAUCUCCACAAUGGCUUUCGCGUGGAAAGCCGCGGGCAUCACCUACAACCGCUACCUCGCCGUGGCUGCGCGUGUCGUGCGCCGAUCGCUGAAAGAAGACAAGAGACUGGCGGCCGAGCGGAGAGGGGAGAUGUCGGAGAUGCGAUUUGCAAAGUGGGAGGGCGGCAAGCAAGGUGAUCACAAGGAUCUGGAGACUGCGAAUGCGAAGGCUCUGGCGGAGAAUGCGGGUCAGCAGUCGCAGUAAAGGGGCGGAGAUGGUUGAGGCUAGGAGUCUGGUGGAAGGGAGAGUGCUGGCGCAUGGAACUAUCGGUCUAGGACGGAUGGCAAGAGAAACCUCACCCGGCUCUUAUAAUCAUCGUCUAGUGCCGGUGGCGACCAAUGCGCCAUUUGUACAUAUCUAGAGUGUCUCAUAUGUUUCCCCGAAAACCAUGCCAAGAGCUUGCGGCUUGCCUGUUCCUG